AUGAGGACUUUGGUUUCGGAAAAGCUAGAAGAAGCAGGAAAUGUUGAAACUAGCUUGAAAGAACAGACAGACGUGAUCACUAUUUUUGAUGAUAAGGGUCUCGAACAGCAACAGCAACAGCAACAGCAACAACGCAGUACAAAACAAUACCCAGAAACAGAUCUCAGCCAGGGAAUUGUUGGUUGGGAAGGACAAGAUGAUCCGAAUAAUCCUCAAAACUUUUCGCCUGCACGGAAAUGGGCUCUGCUGAAUUACAUGAGUAUCAAUACUUUUAUCUCUCCUCUUGCGUCGACUAUGUUUUCCCCCACUGUGAGCUAUGUCGCAACAGAUCUAGGAGUCGCUGAUGAAACUCUACUCUCGUUCAGUGUCAGCAUAUAUCUGAUCGGCUAUGCGUUCGGCCCGCUUCUGCUUGCCCCAUUAAGCGAAAUAUACGGUCGAAAAAUUGUUCUCAACUGUGCCAACUGGUUCUUCGUGCUCUGGCAGAUCGGAUGUGCCCUCGCUCCAGAUAUCACAAGUUUGAUUAUAUUUCGGUUGCUGGCUGGCAUUGGAGGCUCUGGUUGCUUGACUCUUGGUGCCGGGGUUAUUGCGGACAUCUUCCCCAUUCAGCAGCGUGGUCUUGCAGCAUCUCUCUGGAGUUUGGGCCCACUAGUCGGACCAAUUGUUGGUCCUGUUGCAGGGGGUUUUAUGGGUGAGGAGAUUGGAUGGCGCUGGGUCUUCUGGGUGCUCACAAUAGUUGGUGCAGUGCUGACACUGGCCAUCCAAUUUCUAAACCAAGAGACUUAUGCACCUGUCCUUAUCCGCCGCAAGACCAUACGUCUGUCCAAGGAAUUGGCUCGGGGCGAUCUUCGAAGUGCAUAUACACCUAGUGGUGAAGAUGUAUCGCUGGCUGCGACUCUCAAAGUCGGACUGAAACGUCCUUUCGUACUCUUCCUAAAGUCGCCUAUUGUCAUGUCCCUUUCGAUCUAUAUGGCGCUCGUAUAUGGUCUUCUCUAUCUCUUCUUCACGACUAUCUCGACUGUGUUUCAGAACCAAUAUGGGUUUUCAACUGGCACCUCAGGCCUCGCCUAUAUAGGGAUUGGGUCUGGCGCCAUCCUGGGCCUCGUAACCAUGGCAUUCACUAGCGACCGACUAGUGGUCAAGUUGACGGUGCGAAAUGGAGGAAAGUUUGAACCGGAGAUGCGCCUGCCAAUGAUGAUUUUUUAUUCUUGUUUUCUCCCGAUUAGCUUCUUCUGGUAUGGCUGGACCGCUGAAAAGAACGUUUUCUGGCUCAUCCCUAUUAUUGGCACGGUGCCAUUCAGCUUCGGCAUGAUGGGACUUUACCUCCCCAUUCAGACCUAUAUCAUUGACUCAUACCCAGCAUAUGCAGCUUCGGCAAAUGCAACGCUGACUGCAGUCCGAUCGUUGGUAGGCGCGCUCCUACCUCUAGCUGGUCCGUCGAUGUUUCAGAGGCUGGGAUUGGGCUGGGGAAAUUCUCUGCUUGGAUUUGUUGCGCUGGCAUGCAUACCCAUUCCGAUCAUAUUUUCGCGAUAUGGCCAGCGUAUUCGAGAGAAGUUUCCAGUCAACAUGGACUGA